AUUUUAGACGGAAGAUUUUAUUGGCUUGAGCAACGCAACAGAGAGAGAGAGAGAGAGAGAGAGAGAGAUGAGAGUUCGAUUAAAAUCGGUUUAACGGAUCGAAUUAUGAUCGUGUGUCACUGUGUAAUAGCGUUAACGAAAUCACAAAUGUUCGUUAGGAAGCACGUUACGAUGACGUCACUCUCCGAGAUCGCUUCGACGCUUUCGCGAGAGCUUAACGAAUAGAACUUAAAAGCCGGUCGUUCACCCUGCUCUUCUCGUAUCAACGAACCAACGUCGGACGGACAAACGGAAUACCGACUGCGACGGUCUGUGCCACGCUAGGCAGGCAGAAUUAAAUGCUCUUUAUCGAAGCAUCGUACUGUGCCAUUAACGAACCAGAAUCGAUUAUAAGCAAUUAACGACGAUCGCGAUAGAUAGGGAAUCGAACUUUAAACGAGAUAUUAUUUCCUUCUUUUCUUUUUUCUCAUUUUAUAUAACGAUGAUCCAACCAGCUCGAUAACUUUAUCGAAAAGUUUUAUCUGAUAAUAGUCUGUUUGCAAACACGUCUCUCUGACAUUCGGUCCGAUAGAUAGGAUGAGUUUCGCGUUUUUUCUCGAUUGAAUUUUAUUGGCAUCACGUAGACAAAAUACGUUUACGUGUUUGCCAUUUGUUCUUGGCGCAUUUAGCACAUAGGUGUGCCAAGCGCGACUUCACCAUACACGCCAAGAGAUACAAAUUCCAUUUCCAUCGGUUUAAUUUCUAAAUGCUCAGCAAGAAUCCAAGAAGAGAGACAUCUUGGAAUCAUCGUCCAAGCUCCCUCUCUCUCUCUCUCUCUCUCUCUCGAGUCGAACGUCUCUCUUUCACGAUCUUCCUCAAGCGUAAUAAUCUCAUUUUUAUCGCUCUCUGCAACUCGAUGAUCUUUCAAAGCCAUUUUAGAAUCGUCCAGUCAAAAUUCGUUUACUUCGCAAAAACUUCUCGAAUGUUAAUUAAAUUAUGAAUAAAAGUAAAAGGGAAGGAAAAAGAAAGAAAAAAGAAAGAAAUGCUCGACAGGUAAAUUAAUUUCAGAAAAGAGAGGGCAAAUACCGAGCAAAAUAUCUUUACCCUUCGUACUUUUGAAGGAAUGAGAAGAGGAGGAAAAAAAAAAGAAAAGAAAUAGUGAAAGGGCCUUGGUGUUUCGAUGGAAGCCCCGGGGCCUAUUCGCGGACGCCUUGAAUAUGGUUCUUUGUUUCGGCGUACAAUGCAGGACACGAAGCAGAAAUUAUGCAGGAAGUCGUCGUCUCUGUAUGUACUAUGCACGUAAUAUCCACUUUUAGCUCUUCUAUAUACAGGGUGAUCAAAUAACUUUUGGCGCUUUAGUAAUUGAAUUUCCGAAAGAAGAAAGGAAAGAAAAUCAGUAAAAAAUUAUAACAAUAAGAAAUUACAAUGUAACGUUAGAUAUUUAUAUUUCAUAUUGCGAGGAAAAAGAAAAAAAUAAAAAAGAAGAGCAACAAAAAACGUGGAAUUUUUGUCCUCCAAAUAGUUAUAUCGAGGAAAAAAAUUGUCACCAACAUAGAGGGUUGCGUCUCUCUCUUUUUGAGUAAUGUACAUCCUUAAAAUAAAAAUGAAAUAGUCUCCUUAUGUAUGUAUGUAUAUAAACGUAAUUUCGGUGCGUAGCCAACACGCGACUCCUACUGAAAAGUUCCCCUUCUAUCUUAACUUCCAAGGGGAGAAAUAAAUAUUUUUUAAUAACGGGUGGUCGAGCCACCCGACAAGAGAUAUGUUGAGCAGGACAGAAGUAGGUUAAUGUUGUACUGUAACGAAUUAAACUAGGUCACGCGUCUCUUCGCCCGCGCGUACGUUUCUAUGCUCGUGUGUGCCUGUAUGGACGAGAAAAAAAGAAACGAAAGAUGAAACUUAACUAUAACUCGAUCGUUUGAAAGAGUAAAAGCGAAAGUAAGAUCGAAGAUGAUAUAAUCGAAAUUGAUUUUUGUCUCUCUCUCUCUCUCUCUCUCUCUCUUUCUCUCGUUUAGAUUUAGAUUAAAACGUUCUUGUCUUAAAAUAGAUAAAUCUUAUCUCCAUCUUUUUAUCUCUUUAAGGUUACAAGAGUCAUUUGUACGUCAGUAUCUCGGCGAAUGUGUUUUUUUCCGAUAAAGAAAAAGAAGAAGAAACAUCAGUUUUAUUCGUAUCGCCAAAACGCUGUUAAAAAGGGGGAAUAAGUGGAUAUAACGUGUCUCUAUAGAUUACGAUAUCAGGCUCGACGUUGGUUGAUGCGUCGGUUGCAUGAUGAUCACGUGGCUACUACUUCGGCCCUGUACAACAACCGCGCAUCUCUAGUCACGGCCAGAGAGAAAUUUAAUAAUGCUCUGGGCUUGACCUUGAACUUGGUAAGAAAGAAACUCUUUCUCUCUCUCUCUCUCUCUCUCUGUCAUCGCUUAAACGAGAGCACAAUGACGUGGACUGACGGAUGAAAAAAUGUAAAAGGAUAAAGAAACAGAGUUUCUCGAGUAUGCAAGGGAUAAGAUCCUUUUGCUUCUUAUCUUCGAUAAGUCUGUCCUUCGCGAAUCAAAACGCGUACAUUCGUUAUCGUUUACACCGUUUUAACGUAUCAUAAAUAAAUACGUAAGUUGGCACAUACAUAUGCGUUUUUUUUUCUUUUUUUUUUUUUUUUACAACGAUGACUCAUCCCGGACAGCUGCCACUCGCGAAGCUAUAUUUUUGUCCAACUCUUUUCGUCCACCAACACGAGUUAGGACGAGGUCAAAUACGAAUUCUUCUAUCCGUCCUAUCGAUCGAUCGAUCGAAUUAUUUUUAUAACAUCUUGCGAUUAGUAAUACUUUAGUCGAUCCCUGACAACCUGUUUUUCUAUCGUAAAGAAAGAGUUGCGUUCUCGUAGAUAAUUUUCAAAAUCGUAAUAAAUGGACAUAAAUGUAUUCGUAAAAAUGUCUAUAAACGUAUUAAUAAAAACACCUUGUUUCCGAGAAAACUAAUGAAUAACUCGAAGAAUUCCACCGUAGAUUCAUCGUUGGCAUGGCCAUCAAAUUCUUAUUGUUUCGUGUUGGCGAGCCAAGUUCUUUAUCUUUAGCGCGAAAAGUCACUUAUAAAAUGGCUUUCGAAAGCGCAACGAUCGAACUUCCUGUUGAACUAAGUCCUGCUCUUGUGUUUUCCGUUCGCUGCUCCAGUUUCCUCGCUGACUAUUUGCACGGACAUUAUAUAUUUUAUACAUACACGCGUGUGUAUAUAAAGCUAAGCGAUGCUUCCUGUUCUUUAUAUAAUAUUUCUUUUUUGUUUUGUUUUGUCAUUUUUAUUUUCUUUUAUUCCAAUCUACAAAAUCUACUUCUCAAUAGAUAACAAUUUACAGUUAGACAAUGUAUGUAUAUAUACAUACAUAUAUACAUAUAUAUAUAUAUACACACAUGCGCAUAUAUAUGUAUAUAUAUAAUUGUGUACGGAUAUUAUGAGUAACUUCAACUCGAAAUAGGCUAGAAUUCAACUCUAGUUAAAACGUGCUAAACAACAGACCUCUGAGAAAAGAAACGUCGUCGAUCUUUGCACGAGUAAAUCUAGUUAGGAGGAUUAAUGGAAGGAAUUUGUACGCGUGAGUACGUUCGCGGACGUUAAUGGUUGUGCGUGAGUAGGUAGCACUUUUAGCAAUUCACUUUGCGACCACGUGGUUCGUCUCGAACGGAUGUAUGUACGUAAGUAUACAUAUAUGCAUGUACGUAUAUGCGUGCGCGUGUGUAUGCUCUGUGAGCGAGGCAUCAAAGAGUAUCAUCAGAGUCGUUUGUCACUUCGUUUUACCCACUCGAUUUCGAAUACGCCAUGUAGUCCGAUGUAUUUGUUUCCUUCGACGAGAAAUACGAUCUUGUUUCGAGAGCUCGGCCAAUUCGAUAUUUUAUCAGCCUUGCCGAUUAACUUAAUUGAUUACACGAAAUGUUUUCUUCUUUCUGAUCCAAGUACACGUGCUCAUACAGAUAAGUGACAGAGAGUCGUAUUUUCAACGUUCGUUAUACUGUUUUCGAUCGUAGACAGAAUGAAAAGAUUACUACAAUUAAUUCCUCUCGAGAAAGAUAAUAUCUUAACACUAUGUCCAAUAAACGAGAAUGAUUCAUUCGCUUGAUCGGACGAUAAAGUGAAAAUAAAACCGUAUGAUCGAUAGCGUAACGAGCAAUAUUUUUCUCUACGAACGACCUUGAGAACUUUGAUGGUAAACGAAUUCUGGCUGUUACCAAAAGUCCGAGUAGCCUUCGACAAUUUGUAAAACGAAAUAGUCUUUGAGAAUCCGCAAACGCCUUCCAAAGUAAACUCGGUUAUUGUUUCUUUUUUGUUUUUUUUUGGUUUUUUCCUUACAUCUCGGAGAUACGAAAGAACAUUAUUGAUCGGUCGAUAAGGAUAACGAUAGGGUGCAGAUGCGAUUGUAAGAACUCGGUUCUUCGCGAAAAAGUCCUGAAAGGAUAAAUAAGUGAACGAGUGGUACGUUAAUAAAAAAAAAAAGAAACAAAAAGACCUCGAACGAGCGAAAUACCGAAUGGAGAUCUUUAAAAAAAAAAAAAAAAAAAAAAAAAAAAAAAAAAAAAAAAAAAAAAAAAAAAAAAUGCUACAAGAAAUACAGAGUUAAACGGUGAUAGGAUAACAAAGAAAUGGCCAGUCAAAGUAGCGCGAUAAUGAUGUAAAAGCUUGGAUAGGAUUGGGGUAAAUUUUCCAACACAUUUGCAAUGCUUACUUAAUUAGCGUAUAUAAAUUGCAAAGAAUAAUUAAAAAAGCGGCAUUAUUCCGUCCGUCAAUCUGUUCCUUUGUUCCGAACGAUUCAUCGAGGAUCAAUGAUAUCUCGAAUAAGUUUUCAAAGUAGUAAAGAACAAACGAAAGGCAUUUCGCGAGGAGGUGAAUCAGAAAAAAAAAAAAGAAGAAAAGAAAAAGAAACACGGUACAAAAGUUCACGUUUAUUAAGGACUUUGGACGAUCAAAGCUACAAACGAUUCACGAUAAUAUCGAUGGUCAAAUGGGCUGUUUGUCGGUGUUGACAAAAUCGAGAGAACCGAUGAAAGAGCAUCAAAGAAAAAUGUCUAAAUUUUCCUUCGACUUUCCCCUCUGCGUAAUGUAUGUUCUUAUUGAAAUAUUUAUUGAAAAUCCUCUCUCUAUACGCAUUUAAUAUGCGCCUCCUAUCGAGAUCACUCUUAACGUUAAUAAAUGUAAUGAGAUUUCAAUUAAUGGAAAAUAUUUCAUUCGCUUCUGUCAAAAAGAAAGAAAGAAAGAAAGAAAGAAAGAAAGAAAGAAAGAAAGAAAGAAAGAAAGAAAGAAAGAAAGAAAGAAAGAAAGAAAGAGAGAAAGAGAGAAAGAAAGAAAGAAAAAAAAAAAGAAAGGAGAGAAAUAAAGAAGAAAAAAAGGCGAACGACACGAUUCGAAAUCACGUUUCGUGAUCAAACUCGCCAUGGUAACCAAGUACGCCCUUUUAUUCUCUCCCCUAUUGCCCGUACGCUUUUUCGUAGGGUUUCUGUGAACAUGCUCGCGCUCGACGAUCGUUCGACGUUUUAUUAUAACCUGUACAUACGCACAGCAAGAGACCGCUUGAAUUGGCUCGUCGUCGAACUUGCAUCGAGAUGCUAAAAUUUCCACGUACCACCGGGGAGGAUCGAAGAAUCGCGGCGAGUAUCGAAAGGAGACGGCAAAUAGAAGAAGAAAGAAAAAAACGUAUCUUUAAUCCUCGCUUCAGAAAUAUCGGAAUCGACAAGGAAUUCUUGGAUCGACAAGUGGAGGAAAAGAGACAGCAACGCGAGGAAGAACGCGCUAAGGAAUGCCAGCUAGACGAGAGUCUUGUACGCAGCAGCAAGAUCGCUUUGCAAUUGGAAAAGGAACAAGCAGAGGAAAAACGACGGAUAAACGAAGAGAUCGAAGCGUUUCGUCGACUCCACCAGAGACGCGAGGACCGUCGGGAUUACGAUCUUUACGAUCCGGAUACUCUGAGGACGUCGCUACCUUGUCGAGUCAGUGACGAUGAUCCACGUUUGGGACUGGCCUCGGCUCAAAAAUUCGAAGGUGAGGAUUACAACUUUCGAGAACAAGAUCGAAUGAAGAAAGAGGAAAUGCGUUGGUGGAUCGAGAAGCAAAGGAAGGAACGCGAGACGGCGGAAAAGGAACGAAAGGAUGCCGAGAAAGCGUACCAGGAAGCCGUUGUCUCGAGGGACAAACGUGCCGUCGAGUUGGAAAAGUUGGAGCGUGAAUGUCGUCGAAGGUUGAGCGAGGCCACCGCGAGUUUUAACAGGGCACUGGCGGAGGAGCAAGAACACCGACGACUUUGCGAAGCCGCUCAAGACGAGGAGGACAAGAAGGCGGAAAUCUACAAUCACGUGACCGGAGAUUUCCUGACGGAAGCCCCCGAGCAAGCGGAGAGCAACCGUGGACCGAAGAAACCGCUCGCAUCGCGUUACAAGGGCAUGACGGCCGAUCAACUCAAGGUCUUCAGAGACGAGCAAGCACGACAAAUGGAGGAAAUCCAGAAAAUGAAAUUGGAUGAGAAACGAAUAAACGUGGAAUGGGACCGACUGAUGAACGCGCACGCUGAAACAGCCGAGGCUUAUCAACGUGAGCUCGAUCGAAAGAAGACGGAACUCAAUAAGAAGAUCGCGGAGGAAAACUUGAGGCUCGCCGAGGAACAAAAGUCUUAUCAGGAGUAUUUGAAUCGCGUCGUAUAUAAGAACAAACCAUCCCUUGAAUAUUUCUUGCAGUUCAACAAGGGAACGCGUUAAAUGAAUUAUUUCCCUCCUGGAAGGAUUGAUUAUUGUAUGAUUUUUAUCAUUACCUCAUUAUCCAUUCCGUUUUUAAUUGACUAAAUACAUAUCUCGUCUCGUAUUUCUCUCCAUUCGAAUGUAUCUUAUUAAAUCCAUAACUUUAUGAUAA